GCAUGCUGACGUCGAGGGCGUCUUUCACACCUCUCUUCUCAUAGGCAUUUCUCAUUUCUGAAACUGGUCACACAUACGGCUGGGCUUUUUGAAUCUCUGCCUGGAUUCCCUCGUGUUAGGAAGUACCACACACAGACUGGUCAACUCCAUCAAGAAAUAUGAAUGGCUCCCAGGUCUGCCUCUUGCUGUACUGUGUGGUACUCAUGGGAACAUCAGUACUUGCUAAUGACGGUAAAAUGAAAAAUGAAACUGAAAAGGGAGCUGGGGCUAACCAUAACGCAACCAUGGGAUCUUCUGGAACUACACAUUUAACACAAUUUAACAGUUCAACACAUUUUCAGUCAGAAUCAACAACACCAGCUACCCUCAACACCAGAGAAACAUCUGGAACGAAUAGCCCAGUGAACACCAACAACACACCAUCCAGAGCCAACACCAAACCUAGUGCCUACCCUACACUUCAGGCCCAAACCAGCCCCAUGUUCAGCCCCUGCCACAGCUCUGAAUUUCUGUUGGAUAAGAAGGAGGCCACCAUCCUGCUGAUUGUGACAGGUGCCCUGGUGGUCCUGUGUGCCAUCCUGCUAGUCUCCACAGUGGCGUUGUCAUGCCAUGUGUGCUGCCUGAAGCGCCAGCCCCGCAUCAGCAGCCGCCCCACCCGCAGCAACAUAGACCUGGUGAGUGGUACUGGGUACUGGGGCACUGGCCAGAGGACCAAGGAGAGGCCUGACUCUGAGCCCGGUGAGACCAGCCUGAUGAUGGCAGAGCUCAGACAGACCCAGGAGGGGGAGAACAGCAAGACAGACAAGGGGCAAGGGGAAAAUGAGAUGGCGAAAGAUACACCCAAGAAGGAAAAGAAGGAAGCCACGGAAAAUGGGGUGGCAGCAGCUGCAAACCCUAGCCAGGGGAGCCCAGUCACUACCACCACCAAACAGCCUGCAGAGCCCUCUGACCCCACAGCCACAGCAGUCUCUCCCCAAUCACAAGCCUCUAGCGAUGUUGUUGUGGUGGUGGGGUGAGGGCUCUCACAUGGUGACCUCCUCCUCUGACCUUGGACCAGAAUCAAGCUCAAACCACUGGUCAAACUGUCCUCAGAUGAUGGGAACAGCACAGUUUUAUACGACAGCUUCUAUUGGCAUGCUGUAAAGAGAUUUGCUUUUGCACUGAGUGUUUGCUUAGAGUGAUUGUGUGGUUUUGUAUUUUAUGCUCGCAUUCUCAUUCAAAAUAAUUACCAUUAUGACCAUGUCUAUACAAAUGAAUGUACCACAAGAAGUUGAAUAUCAUGUGAAUGUUUAAUAUUUGUAUGAAUUUGUAUUUGUGUAACAAAAAUAGUUAUAAGUUAAAAUGUAUAGCCAUCAUCAGUGUCACUGAUAAGAGGAAAUGACUCCUGUUUGGUCUAGUGGUUGUAUCACAGCUUGCUUGUCACAAUUCAUCUGCCAUUUCCCUCACUUCUCCAUUUUUAGACAUUCUAAAUUCUGCAAAAUGACAAAACAGAACCAAACAGCACUAAACUGUAGUAUCAGCUUAAGUAGACAAUUUAAAGGAACUGUUUAAGCCACAAACCUCUUCCAGAAACACUCCCACAAUGUUUUCCUACAAGUCAACAUCACUUCCUUGGUGUUUUCGAAAAAGUAAAGAAGAGUUCAAAUGUUUCUGCUCUAGCUUUAUCUGCCCUUCUGUUUCCAAGCCUUUGAAACAAUAAAGAAUUAGGACACUU